UCAACCCAAUUUCAACCUAAUUUCCAAAUAAAAGAAAUUGUCCAAUUGAGGGACUAGUAUUUAAUAUUCAAUGGAAUGCAGGGUUGGCGUAGGGAAAGUGGCGCUCCCAUCGCCCGGGUACCAUUCGUUAUUACUCUCAAUCAUACCUUGACAAACACGUUGCUGUCAAUUACAAAAUCUAAACCCCUCUUCUUUCGACAUUACUUAUACUUAAAAUCUUUUCAACACGUGUCUCCAGCGUAGACUGAAAAUAUUGAGAGUGAUAAGGAACGGUGCUCGCAACAGCCAGCUCAAGCCAAGGUGUUUAACGACCGUGCCGAAGGCUGGAUGGUAUCAGAGAAUUGGUAUCUCAAACGGUGUCUCUGGAAAACCGGGCGGAAUUCCAGGAGUAGAAAACGCCUUACCCCCGUAAGGGGCUCUGCGGGGGCGGACGACCCAUUCCCCAAUACUCGUGGGAACCAGAAUGGAAAACCAGACAAACCAAACGAAUUACGGAGGAGACGUGGGGUACAAGAUAGACCCGAGCAUGCGGUCCUUUGGGCCGCCGAAUUAUCCAAACAGCGAGGGGGAGCCAACUCGAUGGGCGCCACCAGCGAAAGACAACGCGAACGCCCUGACGAAGAGGCAGAAGAAGCAGGCGAAGAAGGCUUUCAAGGACACCAAGAAACCGUGGACACAGGCGAACGGAUACGGCUACAACAGCGAGCCAUACUACGAGUACAACCGACCCAACAAGCAGAAGAAACGCCAAACACCGGUUCGCAGUUCCGCCCCGACGAGUUUUGAGAAUCUAUCGGUGAACCAGCUCGACGAGACCAGGUCGAGGAGCGACAUCGAUCGUCCGGUGGCCGGAGGUCAGCCGGGCGGGACGCCAUCCCCGAAGAAGAGGAAGAGGGUGCAGGAGGUCGAGAAGGAGGUCGAGAAGGAGCCCGAGGAGCCGCCCGUGGUGGCCAUUUUCCAUGUCAGCUAUCCGAUGGUGCACUUGACUCUGGAACAGCUGGACCAUAUCCAAGCCAAUGUCGUGGCGGCUCUUGCGGAGCUCCCUGGGGAUGCCUUCUUCCCCAGGUUCGUCAAGGCCGAGCUGGAGAGGGGAAGCGUCGUUGUCGAGUGCGCCGACAGGAAGUCUGCGGAGUGGUUGAAGACCAAGAUCCCGGGGAUGAGGCCUUGGCAGGACGUCGCCCUAGAGGCCGUGGACAUGAAGGACUUCCCCAUGUACAAAAAGGUCGCGGUCUGCAUUCCUGGGCCCUGUAUCGAAGCUGCCAAGGUGUUGCAACUGCUCAGGAGUCAGAACGAAGACGUGGAUACCAGCAAGUGGAUCGUCCUGGAGAGUGCAAUUCAACAGAACUCGGGUUUCCAAAUGCUCUUUGCGAUGGACCAGAAGGCACUCGCGGUUAUUCAGCAGCGAGACCAUAAGCUGUUCUUCGGAAUGGGCCAGGUGGCCUUCAAGGUAAGGGGACCCUAUCCUCAGGAUAUUAAAGAAGAGCCUACUGAUUGAACGACUGGAUUUAUGGUAUCGUUGGCUUCGGGGUACCCGAUGGAAACCAUAUUUGCAGGCUCUGUUCGAGUGUUGAUUUUAAUCAGGAACUUGGACAGAAUGAAUCACCAUGAGUGGUGAUUUUUGCCUUGACGUUGCAGACAUGGUUUCUUUGAAUGUAUCGAGGGGGAACGUUGUCAUCGAGUGAUAUGGUUAGGAUACUUUCGGUGAAUCGACAGUUCUGACUUUAGAGUUCAAACCUGGGAGAAGUGCUACGCUGACAUCGAUAAUAACUUGGGAAACUUUGUGGAUCUGCUUCGGUUGAGUUUUGCAAGGAUUUUUUUUUUUUUGUCAAACCAGGAGUCUUCAACUACUUGCCUUGGAUCAAAA